CUUUCAACUCACCAAGAACUCACCACCACUAUUAUUGAUCCCAGGUACCAAUCGGAAAUCUAUAGCAGACUAGAGAGUGUCACAACCUCCCAAGGAAUCAUGGACGACUCCACGCCGAGCUGGAAGAAGAACGAGGAGGAUGAGGAAGAGGAGGAACUGGAUGAGGCAGUAGGUUGCGUUGCGAUACAUCUUCAAUCAUGCUCAAUACUGACAAUUUUGCAGAACUACAUCAUGCAGAAAGAUGCAGUACUCUUCGCGAUUGACAUCAGCUCAACCAUGUUAAAGCCCCCUCCACCUUCCGAUUCCGAAAAGGCCGAGACGGAUAGCCCCGCAACCGCUGCCAUCAAGUGCGCAUACCAAAUAAUGCAGCAGAGAAUAAUCUCAAGUCCUAAGGAUAUGAUGGGAGUGAUGCUAUACGGCACUAAAGAAUCCAAAUUUAUAGAAGAAGAUGGCAGUGUUCGGGAAGGUCUUUAUCCACAUUGCUAUCUUCUAAGUGAUCUGAACAUUCCCUCAGCCGAGGAUGUCAAGACCUUUAAGGCUAUCGUGAAGGAGGAGGAGGAGGCCAAGGAUCUUCUAGUUCCAAGCGAUAAACCUGUCGCCAUGUCAAAUCUUCUAUUCUGUGCCAACCAGAUCUUCACAACAAGAGCACCAAACUUUGGAUCAAGACGGCUGUUUAUUAUUACAGAUAAUGAUGAUCCGCACUCCGACGACAAAGAAGCGAGAUCACAGGCAGCUGUCAGAGCAAAAGAUUUGUAUGAUUUGGGUGUUGUUAUCGAGUUAUUUCCAAUGUCUCACCCAGAGCAUGAUUUCGAUCGCUCAAAAUUCUACGAUGUUAGUACCUUCUUCUUGUAUCGGCAGCAUCAAUUGAAUAUUUUACUGACAUUGCCAGGAUAUCAUCUAUUCAGAUGUAGCAGACGGUAAUGAAUUGGCCUUGGGACCUACCACCUUCAAGGCGGCAUCAGGAGAUGGGAUUACCCUUCUCAAUAGUCUGAUCACAGACAUCAAUUCAAAACAAUUUGCAAAGCGCACUCUUUUCUCCAAUCUCCAAUUUGAAAUUGGUCCUGGUCUCACAAUUUCCGUCAAAGGCUACAACCUGCUACAACAGCAGAAACCUGCACGAAGUUGCUACGUCUGGAUGGAUGGCGAAACCCCACAAAUAGUCGUAGGACAUUCGACAAAAAAUGAGGAAGAAAGCGCAAGGCCAAUUGAGAAGGUCGAAAUCAAGAAAGCCUACAAGUUUGGUGGUUCCCAGGUUUUCUUUACUGCCGAGGAGCAGAAAGAAUUGAAGAACUUUGGCUCGCCUGUUCUCCGAAUCAUCGGAUUCAAGCCUCAGAGCAUGUUGGAAUUUGGACACUCGGUCAAGAAGUCCACCUUUAUCUACCCUAGUGAGGAAGACUAUAUUGGCUCAACCCGUGUCUUCUCCGCGCUCUGGAAAAAACUACUUGAUGACAAAAAGAUGGGCGUGGCGUGGUAUAUCGCGCGUAAAAAUGCCACACCAAUUUUGGUUGCUAUUCUUCCAUCUCCCGAGAGAAUGGAUGAAAGCUCAGGCGCACAAGUCAUCCCAGCAGGAUUAUGGCUCUAUCCACUUCCAUUCGCCGAUGACCUCCGUCACGCACCAGACCUACCCAACCCCGCCAUGGCACCCGAUAAUCUAGUCGACGAAAUGCGACUAGCAAUCCAACAACUCCAACUCCCAAAAGGAAUUUACGACCCAAGUAGAUACCCUAACCCAUCCCUGCAAUGGCACUACCGCAUCCUCCAAGCCAUGGCUCUCGACGAGGAAAUCCCCGCAGUCCCAGAGGAUAAAACAGUCCCCAAAUAUAAGCAGAUCAACAAACGUGCGGGUGAACAUAUCCACAACUGGGGCGUUCUCCUUGGAGGCGUACCUGUAGCGCGGGGUGUGAAGCGAGAAGGCGAGGAUGAAAAUGGACCGAACAAGAAGAGUAAGCUUAAAAGUGAGUCCUUGGAGGGAAUGACUCUCGCUGAGAUUAAGCGAGUUGUUGAGGGUGAGAGGUUGAAGUCUCAUAGUGUUGCGCAGCUGAGGGCGUUCUUGGAGGGUAAGGGGUUGGCGAAAACGGGGAAUAAGGGGGAUCUUUUGGAGAGGGUGGAGCAGUGGGUUGAGUCGCAGUAG